AUGACAUCGACUCACGUUUGCUGGACUGAAGUUUUAUCUGUUGUCAUUUGGAUCAUUAAUGCGAUUUUGGUUCUUCUUUUGUUCAGUCUUCCAGCUUUUAUGAUCCACGAAGAUGUAUCUUAUAUUUUUUGAGUUUAAAAAAUUCAUUUUUUUUUCUUCCAGGGUGAGAGACUUAUGGCGGCCUCUUUCAGAAUGUAUCAUGAAACCUUCCACGAGGAGAGAGAUCUUACAGUUUUGAGUCAAAUGACUUUCUUUACUUUCCAAAUUCAUGCAACUAAAUUGACACUUUCGGCAUCAAAUUAUUUCGAUAUGAAUCGAAGCAUCAUUUUGAGUGUAAGUGUUCCAUAUAUAAUCGAGAAAAUAAGAGCGAACUAUUGAAUUUCAGCUUUUCUCUGCGAUAUUAACAUAUUUCUUGAUUCUUUGGGAAUUCGAUAUCAAGAAUAAAGGACGUGCUGAUGGUGGAUCUCUUUUGGUCAACAAUGAAACCACAUUCUUCUGA